AUGAUUCUCACACGAAGACCAUUGCUCUCUGCCAAGGCGAACUUCGAAUCUGCGGCAUGUCUACUCUGUCAAUGGCGCUCUUUCAGCUCUUCAUAUCGGCACUUAGCUGAGAAGCCAAGCACCUCAAAAGGCCCUCCUUCUCCGUCCGUCCCUCCUACACUAGGUGCAGCUGCGCCAACUCCUCCAACCCCUCCUCCAUCCCCACUCGAAGGUGCCCCGCGAGCAUACGGUCAGAAUGUCGACGAGUUCACACCUAAGCCUUUGAAUCGACCUAUUGGGCUACCGAAUCCGCCGCUUGCUGGGGAGAAUAGUGGCAAGGAUACAAGGACGCUACAGCAGAGGAGAGAUGACUUUGUGGAUUAUGACAAACAUUUGGAAAGGAGGAAAGAAUUAACACACAAAGUAGCCAAACCCUACUUCCGAGAAUGGAGCAACAUGCGUUUCAGCAAAGGGAAAUCCUUCCUCGCCCCACCCGGACUCUUCAGAGCCGAACGAGCCCUCUUCUUCCCCAACCUCCAGGGUCAAACUCUACUCAAAGACAAGAAGAUCCGAGAUACCACGCCCGUUUUCCAGGAUAAGGUGUCUAUUGUUAGCACAUUCAACACGCAGUGGGCAGAAAACCAGGUCAAUACAUUCGUAUCGGAGAAGGAGAAUCCGGAAUUACAAGAGGUGGUGAAAGGUAGUGGGGGAGUGGCGCAGAUGGUGCAGAUUAAUCAUGAGCCAAACUGGAUGAAGGCUAUGAUUGUCAAGUUCUUCAUGUAUAAUCUGAGGAAGCAGCGGGCGCCCGAGGACUGGGGACGGUAUUUCUUGGUCAGGAAAGGGUUUACUGAGGAGAUGAGGGAGGAGAUUGGAUUGCUGAAUAGCAAGGUUGGGUAUACAUACCUGCUGGAUGGAAAUUGUAGGAUUAGAUGGGCAGGGAGCGGAAAAGCUGAGGGUGAAGAGAAGGAGGGACUUGUGAAGAGUGUGAGACGGCUGGUUGAAGAGGCAAACACGAAACGGAAAGAGAGGCCUAUGCUGCCUCGAAAGCAAGCGAUCGAGGCAAAAUCGGUCCAUAACCAAAAGGACGUUGCCUCGACGGCAUGA